UAGUGACCGGGACGGAAACCUCGCUGCGCGCACGCUUUCGGUCCCGCCGUUCCCCGGCUCCCCAGAGCCCCGGCCCACUAAAGUUCCGACGUCGCGGGAGGGCGCCGUCAGGGCCCCCUUGUCGCUCCGCCCCACGCCCUCCGAGUCGGGGGCGGGGCGAGGAGUGGCGCAAGCGCCCUGAGUGCACCAGGGUUGUUGCUGUGGGAACGCCUCCGUGGGCCCCCUGCCCUACCCUCAACUCCGCACGCUGCCCUGGGAGCCCGUUGGCUCAGCUCCCGGUCUCCACCUCUACUUCCAGGAAGUCAUUAUGUGUUAGUCACAUAAUGUGUGUACAGAUUUCCUCUGAUUUACCCUGAAGUGUAUGUGAAAAUGAUGUGUACUGCCAAGAAAUGUGGAAUUAGGUUCCAGCCUCCAGCUAUUAUCCUAAUCUAUGAGAAUGAAAUGAAGGGGAAAAGUCGCCAGCGCAUCAUGCCGGUUCGAAACUUUUCAAAGUUUUCAGAUUGCAACAGAGCUGCUGAACAAUUAAAGAAUAAUCCACGACACAAGAGUUACCUGGAACAAGUGUCCCUGAGGCAACUAGAGAAGUUGUUCAGUUUUUUACGAGGUUACUUGUCGGGGCAGAGUUUGGCAGAAACAAUGGAACAAAUUCGAAAGGAAACAACCAUUGAUCCUGAGGAAGACCUGAACAAACUAGAUGACAAGGAACUUGCCAAAAAGAAGAGCAUCAUGGAUGAACUUUUUGAGAAAAAUCAGAAGAAGAAGGAUGAUCCAAAUUUUGUUUAUGACAUUGAAGUUGAGUUCCCACAGGAUGAACAACUGCAGUCCUGUGGCUGGGACACAGAGUCAGCUGACGAGUUCUGAUACCAAAAACAAAAAAAAACUAUUGGGCUAGCAGAAAAUCCAUGUUUAUACAGAGAACAUAGAUUGGUUUAGAAAAAUCUGUAAAGAACACUAAAUGUACAUGUUGGGUCAUAUUUGGAUUGACCGUGUUACUUUUCAAAACUAGGACGUGUAGGGCAUCUACUAUGUAGGUGCACAAGAAAUAUAGAAAAAACAGAAUAUAGGAAUCUGCCUUUAAGGAGCUUACAAUCUAAUUGGCAGAUAAGUCAAAAACUUGUGGAAAGCUAAUUAACAGUAUUAGGCAGCAAAAAAGAUUAAAGCCAAGUUCUUACUAAAAGCUAAAGAAAGCAGAGCGUAGAUUACUAUAGAAUGGAAUAAUCAGAGCAUACUUUGUCCUUUAAUGGUGAGAUGAGAUUUUGCCUGGCCCUUCAAAUGGUUGUAUUUAGCUAGAAGCUUAUAUAGAAUUCCAGAUGAGAGAAACUGGGGGGAAAAAAAGGGAAGGAUAGUAAAGAGAUAGGAAUUAGAACAUUUAAAUUGAGGAACAGUAAGUAAAUUAUAGUUUGGUAAGAUUGGAAGGCAUAUAUGGUUACCAGGGGAUUAUCCUGUGUGCUUUAUGUCUUUAUAUGUAUUUAACUCUGUUUUAUAUAUAACUCUGGAAUAGAAGAGUACCCCCACAGAGUGUCCCAGAGCUGCAAGUGCAUGUCAUUUGAUGGACAGCUGGGGAAUUCUACCCCUCUGGUAUCAGGAAAUUUAAACCAAAGACAUUCUAAACCCCUAAACCUCUUCCCAUAAGUGAGAGGUUUGUUUGUAAAAUGGGAAAUCUACCCAUAAUAAACAGUAGGUACUGCCAGUUUAGGCCUAUUCAUGAGUUCGAAUCUACAAAGAGAAGACCUUUAUUGGACAAGAUUAUGUAUGUAUAGAUACAUCUUUCUUCUUAUUAGAUUAUUAUUUAAUUGGUAGAAAUCCUGUGUUUUCUGCAAGGAAAUUAAUACUCAUUAAAUAAAACUAUGAGUUAUUUUUCCCAUCUGUCUAUCCCUACUCUCUUUACCACUAAAAGCCCCAUUAAAGGGAUCAUUCUUACAGUGA